AUGGCGUCCGAGCCCCUGCUCAAGGCUGAUCCUGGCAAACGGCCGACCAAGCCAUUUGACGGCUUCGUUGCGCGGCCUGGCGGCAAGGUCACCGACAAGCCCCACCUCAUCAACGCCUGGUCGCUGGCUCACGCGUCCAACCUGGCGUACGAGAACGAGGAGACGGUGAAGAAGACCUGCAAGGAAUGGGGCUUCAAGUUUGUCAAGUGCUUCGGCUACGCGGGCCACGUGGGCUUCGACACGGAAUGCUUCGUGGCGGCCAACGACGAGAUCGUGGUCGUGUCCUUCCGCGGCACCGAGCCCACCAGCUGGCGGGACUGGGUCAGCGACCUGAACGCCAUGAAGAGCAGGACGGGGCCGUUCAACUCCCACGUGCACCAGGGAUUCCUCAACUGCCUGAUCAAGAAUGGCACCAUGGACGAGCGCAGCACGUGCAUGAAGGACGAGGUGGUCAAGGAGGCGAAGAAGCUCCUGGGCGACCGAGCGCUGUACAUUACGGGCCAUAGCCUUGGCGCCGCGCUGGCCACCCUCUGCACGGCGUUCUGCCUGGACACGGGCCACAUCGCGGUGGAGGGCCUGUACACGUUUGGCUCGCCCCGCGUGGGCACCCACCGGUUCGCGAAAGUCAUGAUGAAGAAGUCCGGCGGAAAAAUCUACCGCUUCGUGAACAAGGAGGACAUUGUGGCCCGCGUGCCCAAAAUCCUGUACCACCACGUCGGCAACUGGUGGUACCUGGGGGGCAAGGACCAGCGCCUGACCAAGAACCCGGGCUUCUGCCAGCUGUUCAGGGACUGGAUAUGCAUCGACUGGGACUGGUUCCCGGACUGCGUGGCGGACCACAGCAUCGAGAACGGGUACAUCGUGGGGCUGCAGAAGAACAUCGACGCCAGGUACGGCAAGCCUCCAGCCAGCUGA